AGAAAUUAUUUAUUUACUUAUUAUUGUUUAAAAUACUAAUUUUCAAGCAACUGCAUUGUUCUCAAGUAAAGUACGUAUAUGUACUCUGUGUAUUAUAUAACUAAAUAUAAAUAUAUCCUUUGUCUGCCUAUGUAUAAUAAUUUUUUACUUGCACAAUUUUUUUUUUAUAUCAACCUUGUUUAUAUCACAAAAAGGUAGGUGAGAAUUUUGUAAUGCGUGUGAGAGAAACAGAUAGAGCGCUAAAAAAGGACAAACUUAUGCAGUGAGUGCGAAAGAGAAAACUUAGAUAGAGACGGAGAAUAAGUUCUAAGAAAUUCUCAUAGAUGGCGCCAACUCAGAAUUAGUUUAACUUUUGAUAUAUAGAUGGCGCAAGAAAACGCGUUAGUUCAGCAAGUAAUAAACAGAUGUCGCUACAAUUUAGUACCGCUAUCACAACAUAGAUGUCGCUACAGAUAUAAAUUAUAGGAAUCUGCUUACCAGUAAAUAUUUCUAGAGCGCCAUCUAUGAACCCAAAAUUAAAGGAAUAAUUUAAAACUAGUUGAUAAAGCUGCUAAAUCUCCUUUUUCUAGAGAGUUUAAUAAGUACUUGAAGAAAUUAAUAUCUUUUUAAUACGCUGCGAUGCCUAAAAAUUCUUUAAACCAUUUAGUCAACUAACAAAGCAUAAAAAGUAUUUAAAUGGGGUUCAAAAAUGAACAACUGUAAAGUAUGGCCUCUAUGUCUGGCAUUUAAGAUGCUUGAAGAAAUAGAAAUAUUCAUUUAAAUGUUGAAGGAAUACGAAGGUAUUUUAAGGCUCCGUUGAAAGAUUCGCUCGAAAAUUUCUGGCAAUACUGGUUUAAUUUGCAACGUUUUUCGACGCAGGCAAAUCGUUACGUGUGGACCACGCUUUAAACUGGUUGCCAUGGCAACUGUCAAUACAAAUCCACCAUAAACUAUUUUAAAAUCCUUUUUUCUGAAACUAUGGAAAAUUAUAAAAUAACAGGUAGAGCAGGUGAGGGGGCACACGGGUCUGUUUUUAAAGGCUUAGAUUUGAGGUACAACAAAAUAGUUGCUUUAAAGAAAAUCGCUAUAAACCCCGAGCAAGGCAUCCCCAAAAACACCUUGAGAGAAAUUUGUUCUUUGAGAGCCCUACACGCGAAAAAUAUAGUGAAAUUGUUCGAAGUGACCAGCAUGGGUAGCUCGGUAAUGCUAGUCAUGGAAUUUCUUCCUUGUAGCCUACAAGAAGUUAUAAAAUGUAGUAAAAUCGACUUAAAUCUACCCAGAAUAAAGACAUACACGAAAAUGUUACUUAAAGGUAUCAGUUUUAUGCAUUCCAAUCACAUCAUGCACAGGGAUAUAAAGCCAGCAAAUUUACUGAUAUCGCCAAAAAGAGUUCUGAAAAUUGCUGAUUUAGGGUUGGCCAGGAUUUUUAACCCUGAAGUAAAUAGGUUGUAUUCGCAUCAAGUUGCUACAAGAUGGUAUAGAGCGCCCGAAUUGUUAUAUGGAUCGAGAACGUAUAAUCUCUCGGUAGAUAUGUGGUCAGUUGGGUGUAUUAUUGCGGAAAUGGUCAAUAAAGUACCUCUGUUUCCGGGCGAAACUGAUAUAGAGCAAUUAGCCAUAGUACUGAGCAUUCUUGGUACUCCAACAGAGGAAAACUGGCCAGAUUUGAAAAAACUACCCGACUACAACAAAAUAGCGUUUAUUUCGAGUGCAGGCAAAAGAUGGAGCGUCAUACUACCCACAGCAAACAUAGAAACAUUAGAUUUAAUAAAAAAUAUCUUACUCUACGAUGGAAAUAAACGACUUACAGCUAAAGAGGCCCUGAAACAUAGUUUUUUCCAUCAAGACCCGAAAUUGGCCCAAAUAAACGACAUGCCCGACCCAGAAGAAGUUAUAUCAAACGCACCCACCUUUGAUGUAAAAGAAUUCGAUGAAAUUAUUAAAGAAAUGAAUAAAACAUAAGACAAAAAACAUGUUUUACCUGUUUAAAUUUUUCCCCUACCUAAAAACAUAAAUUUAAGAAAAAAACAUAAAUGUUACUUGACUUUUAAAACUUUUUUAUUUAAAAAUAACCCAUACUAAUGUCACAUCAACAAGAUGAACUAUAUUUUAUUUCAAUCAUAUAAUUCACCGUCCACAGUGAAAUUAUAUUAUUUUUCCUAUUAGUGUUUUUAAAGACUGACCUUUGCCACCGUCUCCAAUAAUCGUACCGAAUCGUC